AUGGAAACGGUGACUCAGAUAGGUGAUAAUAGGAAACUGUUUUGCCUUAUUCACAAAGCAACUGUAACUCAAUCAGAAGGAGUUAGUGAAAUGAUACGGGAUAUUAAUGGGGUACCUAUUAAAGCUGUUAAGGAUCGCCUCAGAAGACGGAAAGAAUUUUUUGAGGCGAAACAUAACUACGAUGCACCAUCUGUUGUCCCGAAUACAAUUGAUUUGCCCAUCGAGCCUUACUUUUGCAACUGUGAGCCGCCAACAGAAGAGGAAAUCGCUCUGUAA